AAAAGAGGUGGAUUUGUUUUGUCUCUCACAAGAUAGUCAUUGGUGGUUCGCUAAAAAGUCGAGAGGCGUUUUGUCCCAUCUGUAGAUAAGGACACAAAAUGCGCACAGAGGUCUGUGCUCCACAGCAAAAUAUUACCACCAACUGACCGAACGAGCCGUUCGUGUUGUUGGAUUGAACAGAGUAGUGUUUCCUCUGCACACCUUCGCCGUAAACAACAGUGAACAGGUAGGGAAGCGGAGCCGGAAGAACUCGCAAUUCAGGUUACUGCCUGCGCGUGCUUAACUGCAUUAUUAUUUUCGUGUGCAUUUUACGCAAUUACAGCAUAUUGAAGGUCUCGUAAGACAGAGAAGAAAAAAAAAUCAUGACGGAGUUUGGAAAAAAGAAGAUAUUCAUCUUAGUGGACGUGCUUUGCGUGCUUGUGGCAUCGCUGCCCUCUGUUAUCAUGACCGCCAUCUUCCAGCCCUAUCAGAGGGGCGUGUACUGUGACGAUGAGAGCAUUAAGUACCCCUUCAAAUCGGACACCAUCACCCAUGGCGUCAUGGCUGCUGUCACCAUCUCCUUCAGCGUCAUCAUUAUCACCUCUGGCGAAGCUUACCUGGUCCACAGGAAGAAGCUCCACUCUAACUCCACCUUUAACCAGUAUGUGGCAGCCCUUUACAAGGUGGUGGGAACCUUCCUGUUUGGGGCAGUGGUCAGCCAGUCCCUCACCGACCUGGCCAAGUUCACAAUUGGGCGCCUGCGUCCCAACUUCAUGGCUGUGUGUGCCCCCAAAUUCUGCAAUGGCUACGUGCUGGAGAUCAACUGCACCGGCAAUCCCCGCAACGUGACUGAGUCUAGGUUGUCUUUCUACUCUGGCCACUCCUCCUUUGGGAUGUACUGCAUGCUGUUCCUGGCGUUGUAUGUCCAAGCAAGGAUGGUGGGAAAGUGGGCGCGGCUUGUGAGACCCACAAUCCAGUUCUUCCUGCUGGCGUUCGCUGUGUACGUGGGCUACACUCGCGUGUCUGAUUACAAGCACCACUGGAGCGACGUUCUGGUGGGGCUCCUGCAGGGGGCGCUGGUGGCCAUCCUCACUGUGCGCUACGUUUCCGACUUCUUCAAAGUGCGUCCCCCUCGGUGCCCCUGUCCCGAGGUGGCAGAAAACGAGGCCCUGGACCGCAAAGCCAGCCUGCAGAUUGUCGACUCCGAGCACAAUAACCAUUUCAGCUACCCCACUGGGCCAGUGUGAUUGCCAGCUCACCCACAGCCAACCACUCCCACCAGCACUGCACUGACUGAGGGGAUCAGACGCUAACCCACAAUGCCCCACACGCCCCCCUCAGCACAGUCUCUAGCUAUCCUAUCGCAGACACUGGGGUGCUCUUUGCGCGUGUGUGUGUGUGUGUGUGUGUGUGUGUGUGUGUGUGUGUGAGAGAGAGAGAGAGAGAGAGUUACCAAGACACUUGGUCUUUUUAAUCUCAGUACCUGUGUUGUCAUUGUUUUUUGUUCCAAAUUGCUCCCUUUUUAUUUUUUUUUUAGCUCACUGAAUAGUUUCUACGUGGGGUUGCUGCAGUCUUUUAUGUGAAGUGAAUGUAAGGGAAAACGAAAGUGACAGCCGAUUGGCGGUGGGUGGCAGGGAGGGCUGUAGAUGGAGGCGUGGUCACGGACACACAAACCACCAAUGGCAGCCCUCAUGGAGCCUGCCCACUGUGAGAGGAUUCAUUUCUGAUCAUUUGUGGCAUGAAAAAUGGAUUGGUUUUCAAUUUUUUAUUUAUGAGCCCCCCCCCUUCCCCCCAAGGGAAGGUGAACUCAAAGAGCUUAUCUUAAAUAAAUGUGUUUGUGUGUAAUGUAGGGCAUGUGUCUGUCCCAGCAGACAGCACAGGGAGUUCCUCAAGUCUCAUCUUUCUCCUCCUUAAGUGCACCUUAGUUCUGUCAACUUAUUCUCCACACUAUGUUAUUUAAACGUUUCGCCAUCUCCAUAUGAAGCAUUGUUAGGUGGACUGCAGAACUUACUUAGCUAUGACCUAUUAUACUUUUUAAAAAAAAUUUGUGAUGUUUAAGAAUAAAAUACCACUAUGUAGAGCACAAUCACCUCACAUUUCUGCAUGCAGAGCGGCCACUGAAUCUCUUUCUCUGAGUGUCUCUUUGGGAAAGGCUUGGCCUUAAUCGUGAUGUUGUUAAUUGUGAAAAGAGGCCCUUUAAUGGCUGUUAAUUAGUAAUUGACGUGAACAAAAGCCUCUUCUCCACUGUAGGGUCGGAUGAAUAGCUGGUCUAGAAAUGACAAUGGCUCUUUCUUUCUUCUUGUUGAGCCAGACCUGAUUACUUCCACAAACCAGCGCUGGAGGGCUGCUUUAUUGUUGUGGUCGCUGCACAUCACCCUAUCUGUCACAGUUACUCUGCUGGCCUCUGCUAGCCGUGCAAUUGUAUGCUAUGUUUUGUGUUAUAAUAUUAUAUGUUGUCGUCUAUUACUUUUAUCAUCAAUUGUGAAUAUACUGUAUGUGUGUGAUUGUGUUUUUGCACAUAGAUAAAGCACAGAGCCCUGCUGUAUUAAAGAUGUAAUGCCACGGAGAGCACCAGGAGGGCCCAGAACACAGCAUUAGACUUGGGUGCUGCUGGGAGAUGAAGUCCAGAACCACAUUGAGCAUACACUCUGGACUUCAGCUCUGGACUACAGUUCCCAUGUAGACCUGCAAAGCUUUGCAACAUUUAGCCAAUCUCCCAUCAGGAUGUUUUGUUGUGAGGCUUCUUGUAUCAGAGCCUGAUCUUGAAGUACACUGAAAGCUUGUACACUGGCAGAUUUUACCAUGAUUGUGAAUUUUGAUUGUUUUUAAUAUAUCAGGGCUCUUUAUAAAAAUGUGUGUAUUCUUUGUAUGUUCAUGUGAGCUCAUAA